ACUUACAUCCAUUUUUCAGGAAACCAAACAAUUCCACAAAUAAUUCCAUCCCUCCAACGGCAACUCAAAGUAGAGUACUCAAGAAACCAAACAAAGAUGCUCGCACUGAUAUCUCCGUCUCCGUGUAAACCCUGCGUAAAAUCAAGGACGACCACCGCCAGAUUCAUGGCCACCGAUAGAACCACCGAGGCUCCCAUACGUCAAAGAAGAGUUAUGUCCGCCUUCGAAGUUCGAGUCUCUCUCGUCUUCGCUCUAGCAUCCCAAGCUUCUUCCCUCUCUCAGAGAAUUCUGGUGGAUGUCGCUAGUGAAACCGCGAAAUAUGUGUUUCCAAAGAGGUUUGAGAACCGAAAUUUGGAGGAAGCUUUAAUGGCUGUUCCGGAUCUUGAGACAGUUGAGUAUAAAGUUUUAAGUAGGAGAGACGAGUACGAGAUUAGAGAAGUUGAGCCAUAUUACAUAGCAGAAACGACCAUGCCUGGGAAGACUGGGUUUGAUUUCAAUGGUGCAUCGCAAUCCUUCAAUGUCUUAGCUGAAUACCUGUUUGAACACAAGAAAGGAGAGAAUGGAGAUGACUACCCCAGUAAUUACUCGAAAGAUUCAAUCUGAUGGAGAGGAGAUGGAGAUGACUACCCCUGUGAUUACAAAGAAGCUGACAGGUCAGGAUAAGUGGGAGAUGUCUUUUGUCAUGCCAUCAAAAUAUGGUGCAAGCUUGCCAUUGCCUAAAGAUCAAUCUGUGAGGAUCAAAGAGGUGCAAAGAAAAACUGUUGCUGUCGUUGCCUUUUCAGGUUUUGUUACUGACGAAGAAGUUAAACAACGGGAAU